AUCGCGUGGUCACGAGAUUUCGUGACGUCACAGGGAUUUUCCCAGCCAGAUUUUAUAUGAUGAGUCAUCAAGAAGUAAUGAACAUCAGACCGUAUUCACGCUUCCAUUAGACCGGGGACUUCUUCUUCUUGUUUGACUGAAUAAUCAGGAUUUUGAAACGUUUUGAGCCAGGUCAAAAGAGGGCACAACUAAACUAGAGGGGCCCAACCAAAUUACGCCAAUCUACCAAGAUGGCGGCCCCAGAUCCGAGUCAAAACCAAGACUUGCCACCCCCCGUUCCACCACCCCCAGUACCAAGAAAUAGAAAUAUACAAAAACCAACUCUUCCUAUUCGCAGACUCGACACAGAAAAUAUGGAUAUGGUUCGUUUGAAUGUUACAGCAGACUUGAGGAGACGUCUCACCAUCAACUUCACUCCUCCCCCAACCCCGUCCCUGGCCACCAUGGGCUACAGGACUCAGAUAGAGAGAAUCAAAUGUUUGAAGUCCACAGGGAAACUACAGAUAGGGUCAAAGUCUUUUGACUUCACAUCUGAUGACCUACACGAACUGGAGGAAAUUGGGAGAGGGAAUUAUGGCACCGUGACCAAAAUGGUUCACAAGGAUAGCGGUACUGUGAUGGCUGUCAAGAGAAUUCGUUCCACAGUCGACGAGAAGGAACAGAAGGAGUUGUUGAUGGACCUGGAUGUGGUCAUGAGGAGUAACGACUGUCCAUUUAUUGUACAGUUCUACGGAGCACUGUUCAAAGAGGGAGACUGCUGGAUUUGUGUAGAGAUGAUGGACAUUUCUUUAGACAAAUUUUAUAAAUAUAUUUUUAAUGUGUUGCAAAGUACGAUACCAGAAGAAAUUUUAGGAAAAAUAACCGUAGCUACUGUAAAAGCUUUAAAUUAUUUAAAGGAAAAUUUGAAAAUAAUUCACCGAGAUGUAAAACCAUCCAACAUUCUACUAGAUCGCAAAGGGAACAUAAAACUGUGUGAUUUUGGAAUUAGUGGCCAGUUGGUUGAUUCUAUUGCCAAAAGCAGAGAUGCAGGAUGUCGCCCAUAUAUGGCACCUGAAAGGAUAGAUCCGCGGGCAUCAAGUCGAGGUUAUGAUAUUCGUUCAGAUGUUUGGAGCCUUGGAAUAACACUGAUGGAGCUCGCCACUGGAAAGUUUCCCUAUCCGAAGUGGAACAGUGUGUUUGACCAGUUAACUCAGGUAGUUCAAGGGCCAGCUCCUCAGCUCAAGUCAACCGAGGGACGGUUCUCUGAUGAAUUUCUCAACUUCCUGAAUACCUGUUUGACUAAAGAUGAGAAGCAAAGACCCAAAUAUGCCAAACUUUUGGAGCAUCCCUUUAUCAAACGAUAUAGUGAACUGGAAGUUGACAUUGCCAGUUAUGUGGUGAAAAUUCUCAAUCACGUGCGAGAGACAAACACAAACCUGCAGGAGCUCACUGCCUCCAACUCUUGACAAAGCGGGGCUGUUGUUAAGGGCUUUCAAUUCAGGGACAACUUAACACAGAACAAAACGCUCAACUGAUCAAGACACCUGAGCGAGUCUUGACAGAGGGGUGGUAACUGAAGAGGAGAAAAAAAGGGGAGAAUCGGUGAUAUGUACACGUACAAGAAGUCGAUCUUCAUCUAUGCAGCCAGCUGGUUGGCAUUAAAUCAUUACAUGUAUCUACAACAUAUUAGAUGCUGGUCUCUAAACUGGACUACUCAAUAACUAAUGAGAAUGGAUCUCGUACAGUAUCCAAGAUGUACAACGUUUAUGAUUUUAUGAACUGGUACAUAGUUUAUUUUUGUAUUUUUCCCCCUUUCUCCUUUUAUUUUUCUUCCUUUGUUUUUAACCAUGCAAGCUGUUUGAUUAUUAAAUGUGGUUGUUGAUAUAAUUUUUUUUUUUAAGAUUUGAAAGAUUGAAACAUUAAGAUUUAUUUUAAUUCUAGCUAGUUACUGUAAAUUCCUAAUUUUACUCGAGUACUUAUUCCGCGAUUCCAUUGUAUUAUAUCAAAUCGUGAGAAUAUAAAAUCGCGAGCACAAUUUUUUUGUUGUAAUUUACCAUAAUUUAAAACUGACUGAAAAAUAAAAAACAAGAUUUUAAAAUCUGCAAGUGUUGAUGCUUGCAAUUUUAUGCGGAUAUUGAUUCCUUGCGUUUAAUUAAGAAUCUACAGUACAUAACUUGGUGAUAGAGGGCUUUCAUUUUUUUUUCUGCAAAGCAGAUUUUGUGCACUUUUCAUUCUGAUUGUGUCGCACCCUUCCUUAUGAAAUCGACACAAAAGAACUGCAUGUUAGGCUGUUUGUCUCUCUACAUCUUCUAUAAUCUAUUCCAUACCUUUUUUUGUUGAUCAAGAUAUAAGGGAUGCUUUUUUACAUGUAUAUAGAGGUUCGAGUGACAAACAACUAUAAGAAUGUCAUGGCAAACAAACUGAGAAUUUUUAAAAACAUUUUUUUUUUAAUGCUGGUCUUUUACUUAUUAAGAAAGGGUUUUCCUUAUGUACAAGAAUUUGAUAAGAAUACCAGUUUAUGAUUUUGAAUACAUAGGUUAUGAAUUUUCUGUUAAUAAUAAAGUAAUUUUCUAUAAUUUUUUUUACAUACCCGGUACAUUGAAUCAUAUUCAAAUACGAGUUGUAUUUCUUUGCUAGUAAGAGGUUUAAUUUUUAUCCCUAUUUCUUAUGGAAUCAAUGAACUGAAUUAAUAUUGUUUUUAAAAAAUCAAUUACAUAUAGUGCUACCUUCUCCUACAUGCAUAGAUACAUUUAUAAUCAGAAUAACAGAUUCUGAAGAUUUUGUAACCAUAGUAAAUGGAAUAUUGUUUGUUAAAGCUAUUGAGAAAAUAAGAAUUGUAUUUUGAAUGUGUACAUUCCAGUAGUGAAAUGUAGACACCAUUCUAUUUUCCAUCCUUGUAUGACAAUUUAGUGUUCAGUUUGAGGCUCAAGUUCAGAGGAACUUUUCCAGCUUGAUUCAUGUGGUACUUGCUCAUUGACUUUUGUAGAAAAAAAUCUCUGUUAAAAAAAACACCAAAAAAAAAAAUCAAUAUGUUGACGUGAUCAAGUCCUCAGCAACUAGAAAGAGCUCUUUAAAAAAUCAGUGUUGGGAAAUUAACCAAUCGAAGAAUGUGCCAGAGGUUCUUCUGGUUUUUUUUUUAUGCCUUUUCCAAAUGUAUAUGGCUUCUUGGCUUUUUUCCCUGCUUUUUAAGUACCAGUCACUUCUUUUUGUCUCAUUAUGGUGUGCCAUACUUGUCUUUGAUUUCAUCAGGUGGAUUUCUUGUUUAUAAAUAAGGACUGUUUAGAAAAAUAAUAGAAAUUUUCAGUAAAUAUGCACAACUUUUUCUUUUUCAUAGAGAGGCACAUUAUAAACACGUAAUAACCAGGGCAAAAUCAAUAGACAGUGUGAUUCCUAAUUCAAAUCAUUUAAUUUCAUGUUGAACAUUUUAUUGUUAUUUUUAAACUUGGCCUUUCAGAUGGUUUAUAUUCAUGAAACAUUUCAAAGAUGCAGAACAGAGGAAUUACUUUAGGGAAAAUGUGUCAAAAUUAAAGAGCAUUUGUCAGCAUAUAUACUGGUAGUUAAAGGUUUUUUUUGAGAAACACAUUAUUAAUCUACGACACGUUCCUCAAUUUUGUAUAACUUUUUCCACGAAUUUGUUAUUUGAUUUACUUCCGGUACUACUUUGACAAGCUUUCUUACAAAAAAUAGGGUACCUUACCAGGCAUUUGUACAAGAUACUAGAGUAUGAAAUGUCCUAUAUAAUCUUAUUGAAAAUACACUUGAAUUGUUGAUAUGUUAUUUGGUACAUUAUCAGGUUGAAAUUUAAAAAAUAAUUAUCAUUUUUCAUCAGAUGCUUGAGGAACAUGUCGUCUGACCUUAACACAAGAACAAGGAAGUUUAUGAAUUAUAUUUGUUAAUUUGUAAUAAAAUAUUUUCAUUCCAGCACAUGAGAAGACUGCAUUGCUAGAAAAUGUGUUUGUUACCAUCGUUUAUAUCAAUCAUGUACCGGUAGUUAUACGAUACUGCUGAAACUUUCAGAAAUAGUAUUGAUAUUUUUAUGGUCUCCUUCCUUUGAAUGGGCAUGUACGACCAAUCACAAAAUCUCUCUUCAGCUGUUCACUAAUGCAUUUUUUUUUUGUCUGAAAAUUGAAUUGAAUUAAUAUUUUUAAAAAAAAUUUCUAGUAUGUAUACAGUACUUUCCUUUCACAAACUUCUUUAUAUAGAAAAUGUAUUAGAUCUGUAUGAUUGUAUAAUGUAAUGUCUAUUUAUUAUGUCUUUAAUAAUUAUUGUGAAAAGAAAAUAGAUUGGUAUGAUUUCAUAAUUUCUUUGAUAGAGAAACUUUUACCAACACACUUUAUUUUUGUGUUCAUAUAUAUAUAUAAUUAUAUGUAUAGAAAUGACUGUCAUGUUAACUUUAAUUCAAUAUUGAUCUUAAUCAUGUGAAAAAGAAACUGAGUUUGUUGGCACUGGACAUAUUUUUAACAGGUGUUUGACGAAAUGCAACACAGAAUUAAACAACCAUAUUCUAUUUCUGUUAAAAAUCUGUUAACCUUUUAAACUUUUAUCUGAAUUUUUCCUUGUAAACACCUAUGUAUUGAUACACUAAAAAGAGAAGUUUUAUCAAUUAUGAUAGUUGUUACAGAAUUAAAAAAAAAACAGUCAGAAAA